UACUCAAUUUGUCAAGUUAUAGUACAUAGUACUUUUGAGAAACAAUACAUGUAUUUUCAUAGAUUUCAGUCCAUUGUGGAGUCGUUCCUUCUAAGGAUAUGAAGGUAGAAUGUUUCAAGGUUUAUUCACGGUCUAUUGCCUGUUUAAUGUGCUUGUAUGCUAAUAUUGUGAAUGCCGUUUUUUAACCCUAUUUGAAUUUUCUUAGUACAUACAAUCCUUUCUUUUAUGGCUCUAAAUUUUCGAAGUACAUACAAUGUUUUUUUACCUUUUUUAAAUCUGAAUUUUGAAAUGCCAUUUUAUCAAGAACAGAUAUGUUAUUCUGACCUCACAUUUUUUUUGUUUUUAGCGCCUUAUUUUCUAUCAAGAAAUUGCCCAAGUGAAGAUUGUGAGACCUGAUUUUCUUAGUAUGUGAUUUGGAGAGAAAGACUUGAAAUUCACUUUAUUGCAUGAAAAUUUUAUAGGAAAUGUCUAAACUUGGUCUUAAUCAAUACCUCAUUGAUGGUGGUGAGCAGCGAACAUCUGCCACCACCCACCACCACUUAACCAUUAGGACCUGACACCCAAGAAGAAAAGGUUGUAUCCUACAACAACAACAACAACAAAACUGGGCUUGCCUUUUUUACUUGUUAGAUGAGAUGUUCAUUAUCGUAGAAGCUUGUUAUUGGAUCUAAAAAAGAAUCAUUGGUAUUUUUUUUGUUUAUGUUGGCUAAAUUUAAAUGGCUGAAUCAUUAUUAUUAGAAGAAAGAUAUACAAUAAUUUUGAACUCUGAUUUUAUAAGAAUUAUCUGUAUGCAUAUUUUUUUACUUGUCUCCUUGGCUAUUAUGAAAAUAGAUUUAAUAUUAGAAUUACCCUAAAAUUAAGUACUACAUAGGCACAGAACUCUCGGUGGCACACAUUGGACUAAAUGAGAGUUAUGUGCUGUUUUGCCUUUUACCAGUGCUAAGUGCUAUCAGGCUGCCUGUGAUUCUUUGUUAUGUGCUGUGAUUCUUUAUACUAUGUAUGCAUAUAUGCACUUGUUCUCCUGGUGAUGCUAACCGAAUAGGACUAAGUAUAAUUCAAACCAAGUCCUAUUCGGCCCAAACGGAAACGGACGGGAGUUUUUACAAUUUUUGUGGAAUCGGACAGAUUCGUUUUUUUCGCCCAAAUUUUUUUUACCGCGUCGAUCGAAUCGGAUUUGAUUUGUUUUUUUACCGGGUCGCAUUUUUUUAAUCGCGUCACAUAUAAUUCCUUUUUUUUUUCAAUGGGACAGAUUCGUUUUUUUUCACCUUUUUUUUACCGCGUCAACGGAGUUGGUUUCGUUUUUCUUUCUCGCGAUUUUUUCCAGCUUUUUUUUUGGAUCGGACAGAUUCAUUUUUUUUCUCCCGUUUUUUUUUUCUACCCGAUAUUUUUUUCGCCUAGUGUUUUUGUCCUUUAACUUAUAAGUACUACAUAUGAGGAACCACAUGUUAUUUGAUAUGGGAAUUGGUGGCAGAUUUACUGCUCCGUUAUUUUCUUCUUUUAAAGUGGUUGUAUAUUUUAAAGUUAUAAUCGCUACAAAUGGUGUGCUCUCUAUUCUAUUAGGAUUUAGUCUAAUUUUUUUUACCUUUGAAUCUUUGUAUCUAUAUAUUAGUCACCCUGUUACUUGGUUAAACACUUUACAUAAUACAACAAAUGUGAUUUGGGCUUUCUUGUGGAACAAUCAUGUUGUUUUAGUCUGUAUAGAAAACAUAUUCAAAUUAUGUUGUUAGAUUAAAGGGUUUUUUUUUUCCAUUCUCUCACCUUCUCCCUCUCUUCUCUCCCUCCCACCCUCCAAAUCCUAUUCAGAUCUUCCUGGGAACUCCACCUCUCUCUCCCUCUCUCCCUCUCCCCCUCUCCUCUCCCUCACGCCCUCCAAAUCUCUUCCUGGGAACUCCACCUCUCUCUCCCUCUCCCACUCUUCCCCCUCUUCUCUCCCUCUUUUCUCUCUUCUCUCCCUCUUACACCGUCCAAAUCCGAACAGCAGCAGGAGGAGGAGGUGCUGCAGUGAGUGGCUGGAGGAGAUGCUGCAGUGAGCGGCUGGAGGAGAUGCUGCAGUGAGGAGGAGGAGGAGAUGCUGCAGUGAGGAGGAUGAGGCGGCUGCAGUGAAAGAAAAUACACCAGGGGACAGAUCCAAUCACUUGAAGUGAAAGAGAAUACACCAGGGGAUAGAUCCAAGCACUUGAAAUUGGUGUAAAAUGUUGAAAAAAGAUCCAAAUAAAGAGACAAUUCUGUCAGUUUCAGUUGCUGGUGCCCAAAAUGGCAGGGAAGCUCAAUGGACUGUUGAUAGGACUGUGUACACUUAUGCUAACUUCUAUGAUGAUUUUAAAGCCAAGGUUUUUGACUUUGGUGAUAGGCUCAAGAUUUCGUUUAUAGAAUUAGUUCAGCGUCAAGAAAAUGAUCUAUUGCUUGGAUCUUUUGAGAAAGAGUUAAGAUUAAAAGUACUUCUAGCGGAUGAACAUGAUGAGGAGCUCCAAAGUGAGAGGUUUGUCAAGAUGCAGGGGAAGCAUCAACCUGUUGGUUUAAAAAAUGAGAAAAAUAACUGUUUUGGUAAUGUAGUGCUCCAAUGUUUGGCAAUCACGGAACCAUUUGUUUCAAGACUCUUUGGACAACAAUUUGGAGAAGAAUGCCUAGGAAACUGUCACGCUUGCGACCUGCGCCGUGAUCUGAAGAGGAUAAGAAAAACUGGUGCACCAGCCUUCUUUCCCACUAUCUUUAAGCAUAUUCGAUCAUUAGGUGGUGAUUUUGAGGAUGGCUUGGGACGUCAUCGUGACUCUUCUGAGUUCUUAUUGUUAUUACUACAAAAGUUAUUUGAUGGUACACAUGGAUGUUUAACAGAUAUGUUUGGUGGAAAAUUCCGUCGCAGUAAAGUUUGUUCCAAAUGUGGAAUGCUUUCUAAUUCUGAAGAAGAUUUUACUUUGCUAAUGUUUAAUAUACCUCAUCGUGAACAAGUUGUUGCUGCAACAUUAGAAGAUUGUCUUGAUCACAUUGUGGAAGAAAACGUACAUGAUUCAUUAUCCCGUUGUGAAAGCUGUAUGAAUGACCAGAAGUCAACCAGUAAGUGUACAUUUCAUGAAACUAGAGAUGUUGUUAUUGUGUUGCAAAGAUUUGAACCACUUACACUUGGGGGUUAUCGAAAGAUUGGAGAACUAAUUAACUUUCCUACGGAGCUGGACAUUUCACCAUAUAUGAGUGGUGUUGUAACUGACAAGCAUAUAUAUGAACUGUUUGGAAUUAUAGUUCAUGAAGGCGGUGUUAUAGGGGGUCACUAUAGAAGUUACGUGAAAACAAACUGUUGGUAUGAAGUCAGUGAUAGAGAUGUGAAAAGAGUAAAUGAAAAUUUUGUCCUAGGGGCACAAGCAUAUAUCCUGUUCUACAACAGGAAAGAAGAGGCCAAAUCAUUCGAUGAGGUUUUAGCUUUUGCUGCUACAGCUAUGUCUUCAUCUGAUGCCGUGCCUACAUCAACUUCAAAAGAUUACACUGAAAGAACAUUAUCACCUGAAGUAUCGUCUGCUGCUCUGUCAUGUUGGAUUGAUGCUGCACGGGUCCUUGAGCCCAAGAGUUACUCAGACCAGGAUAUCCUAGAAAAAUAUAUCAUUUGUAUGGACCGUGACAGUUCAGAUGUAUCUGAGAGGAUAAGGAAUGCCAUGCGGAAUUGUAAUGAGUCCAGACAGGAGUAUCAUUUUAAUCUCCCUACAACGGAUGGACCUUUUUAUGAUGACAACUUGGGGCAGUACUGUCUUCUUCGGGGAGCUAGAUUUCGAACCAUUAGUACAAGCAGUAAUGUAGAAGCGAAGAGAGAUAGGGCUGUUAGAAUGCACUUCCUUCUUUCUGAAAUCUUAAAACUCCUACAGCUGAAAAAAGUGAUUGACGUUGGAGCUAUUGGCUAUCUGGAGAAAUUUAAGUUUGGGAAUUAUUCCAGGAGUGCUCUUUUACGGCGAAUUAAUGAUGCAUGUAUGCUCUUGGGGACUAACAGAUUAUCCCUUAAUAUCUCAGUUAUGUCAAGAGGAUCUAUCAUUGGGCCAGUGCUGUUCAAAGUUGGAGAAGAUGUGAUGAUUGAUGCAAGCUUAAGGGCUGUACAGAUUCCACACGACAUUCACUUGGUGGACCAUAUUAAGUUGAAAAAACCAGUCAGCUUUGUUCUUGUUGUUGAAAAACUAUCAAUAUUUAACAUGCUUGUCAAUCUUAACUUUCAUGUCACACACAAUUGCAUAAUCAUCACUGGAUGUGGAAAACCUGAUAUGGCAACAAGAGGUGCAGUUUUUAAACUUAAUUAUUGCUUGCCAGUCAAAGUUUAUAUCCUUGCUGAUCUUGACUUGGAUGGGCUCCAGAUAUACUUAUAAACUUGGCAGCAAAGUAAGGGCUUUUGAGAACUUUGUGUUGCAUCUAGAGAUCUUAUAUGGCUGGGUGCUAGACCAGAAGAUUCUCUACUUUUACAAGAACCCAAUGAAUUUACCAGAGUGCAGCAGAAAUCUCUUACUGAUCUUCGUGAUUCUCUUCCCAAUAUUUCGGACAGAGAUCGUCUAAACACUGUGUUGGACUGGAACUUUACAUUGAAUCUGCAUGACAUUCUUGAUUAUGAGAAUAUUGUAGAGUAUUUGACUAAUCGAAUGGCAGAGUUUGAAGAUCCUUGAUGGAGAAAGAUCUGACCUCAGCUGUUUGCCCAUAAGUGAAGCUGAAGAUGGGUUGCCAAACGUGUGUCGCCAUUUAUGCCACUUGUAUAUUUUGCACGAUUGCAUCUUGUUUACUGCAAUAGGCGAUACUGUGCCAGUGUGCCACCAUCUGGAUGAUAUCCCCUACUGACUGUAGUUCUCAUUCUGGGUAAUUCUAAUUCUGGUUUUUAAGAGUAUGCUGUAACGUAGGAGCAAUACCUCUUUGCUGAUAAGAGUUUAACAGAUCAGGCAAUUUCUGAUUAACUUAAAGACUACGUGUUUUGAUUAACCGUCGCUUAAAAAGUGUGUUAGUAUGACAUUUACUUUUGUUUGUCUUUGAACUGUGCUGAAUCCUGGGAAGUCCGAUGGGUGCCACAGCUGUGAUAUGGUCAAAGAUGAGAUCUCCGGGCGGUGGUUUCCCGGAUUGUAGAUUUGUAGCACAGGGAGUAUUGCUGAUUGUAAUGCAAACUUUUGGUCAUAUUUACGUACUUUGCUUGGUGAGAUUGACAUUA